AUGGCAAGCCGUCCAGCAGUGAAAAUCUACAGGAAAUCUGCCAUCCCAGGAGUUUCAAUCACUCAGUUUGUUGAUCGUGUUCCGGCAGGAUGCAGUACACCUGACUUCGAGCGGAAACCUGUCACCCUGUCAUUACAGGAAGGUAAAAAUGCCAUUUUCAGAGCUGUGGUCAAAGGUGUCCCAACCCCUGAAGUGAAAUGGAAGCGUGCAAAAGGAGGAAUGAACGAUCCUACCAGAUACCAAACUUACUUCAACCCUGCUACAAAUGAAUUCAUUCUGCAGAUAAACAAACUCACUGCAGAUGAUAACGAUUUGUAUCGCUGCUUUGCCGUGAAUGAGUAUGGGGAAGCUGCGUGCUCUGCUGGCCUCAGGAUCAUACAAGUUGGCUUUAAGAGGAAAGCACAAGAAGUUCAAGGCCCUUCUGCUGAUGAGUUAAAGAAGACACUUAAGGAUUACAAGAAGAUGCUGAGAAAGAGAACCCCAAGAAAACAACCCAAAGAAGUGGACAGAGAAGCAGUCUGGCAACUGUUGCUGCAUGCGGAUAAAAAGGAUUAUGAAAGAAUCUGUAUAAAAUAUGGAAUUUCAGACUUCCGUGGCAUGCUGAAAAAGCUUCAGGAAAUAAGAAGGGACACGGAGAUUGCACAUGGAGAAUUAAUACACAGUAUCAAGAACCAGCAACACAUCAGGGUCACCCAAGAUGGAAAGGCUAUCCUCAGUCUAGAAAUGGAGCUGAAAAACAGUAACAGCAAAGUUUAUCUGCUUAAGGAUGGUGAGAGGCUGAGAUAUGGCACAGGGGAUGAAUACAGAAAGCACUCCCUGAAACAAGUAGGAAAGAAGUACACUUUCAUUGUCAACGAUGUGCACCCAGAUGAUGCAGGCUUGUACCAAGUCAAAGUGGAAGAUGUGCCUGUUUUCUCAACCGAGUUGGAUGCUGAAGCCAUCCCUGUGAGAUUUAAGCAGCCCCUCACUGACAUGCGUUGCCAUGAGGAAGAAGAUGCUGUCUUUAAGUGUACUCUUCUCACGCCCUGCCACGAUGCUGUGUGGCUACACAAAACCCACCUCCUUGAGGGAAGUGAGAAGCACCAGAUUUCUGUAUCACCUGAUGGUCUGACCCACCAGCUGAUUGUCAAAAAUGCUGAGCCCUCUGAUAGUGGCCUGUACACACUCGAUACUGGAACUGGCUCCUCAAAUGCCUGGCUUAUUGUAGAGUCCCUACGCUGUCGUAUCAACAAACCACUAGUAGAUAUGAGAGUCGUGAAAGGGGAGCCAGCUGAGCUGUCUUGUACUGUCAGUCAUAAAGAUGUGCAAGGAACCUGGUUUAAAGAUGGAUUAAAGAUAAAAAACAUGGAAGGAGUUCGUUCUGAAAGGCAAGGCUCAGUUCACAAACUGAUUUUUGACAAAAUAGAAGACUUUCAUGCUGGGAAAUAUAGGUUUGAAACUGAAGAUAUAAAAACUGAAGCCUCUGUUUUUGUUGAAGAUCCUCCUCAGGUUGACAAAGUUCUCCUCAAAAACCUAACAAAUGUUCCCACUGUGACCAAGGCUGGGCAGAAAGUGAAGAUCAAGAUCCCUUUUGAGGGCCAGCUACCAAUCAAAGUAACAUGGCUGAAGGAUGGAAUGGAGCUAUUAGAUGACACAAGGAUUCGUGUGGAUAAAGCAGAUACCUUUACCAUGUUGUCCAUCUCCAGCAGCGAGAGAAAGGACUGUGGGGAUUACAAAGUCAGGCUGAAGAAUGACCACGGAGCCUUGGAGAUGAACCUGAAGCUUGUGGUGAUAGGCAAGCCAGAGCAACCCACAGGACCCAUCAAAGUCAUAGAAAGCUCCUCAAACGACAUCACCAUUCAGUGGAAGCCCCCAAAGGAUGACGGGGGCAAACCAGUGCAAAGCUAUAUUAUCCAGAUGCAGCAAGUAGGCAAGGACGACUGGGUGACUGUGGGAGAGACCCCCAAAACCUGCACCACUUUCACUACUGACAAAGUAGAACAGGACAUGGGCUAUUACUUCAGGGUGAGAGCUGUGAAUGCGGAGGGAGCCGGCGAGGCACUGGAAUCAGAUGAGGUGAAGGCUGCCAGUAAAGCUAUACCUGGUCCCCCAGAUCCUCCUGAGAUCGUCAGUACCGGCAAAGAAACCAUCACCAUAUCCUGGAAAGUGCCUCACAAAACUGGCAGUUCCCGAAUUGUGGGCUACAUUGUUCAGAAGCGCAAGAAGGGUGCUGGCAUCUGGGUGCCAGUCACCAAUAUACCUGUAGCAGACAGGAAAUUGAAAAUGACCAACCUUAGGAUGGGGCUGCAGUAUGAAUUUCGCGUGGCAGCUGUCAAUGCUGCUGGUGUGGGAGAAGUCAGUGCACCAUCAAAGGCUGCCUUUGCUCGGGACUCCACAAAACCUCCAGGUCAAGUGAGGGACCUUACAGUGGCCAGCCGUGACAGCACAAGCAUCACCCUGACAUGGAAAACCCCAGAGCCGAAAGAAGGGGUUGAUGUGAAAGGCUAUGAGGUAGAGCUGAGGUCUUAUGUCAACCCCCACUGGACCAAAUGCAGUGUUCUGCCUAUAAAGGCAACCACGUACACAGUUAAGGGCCUGCAAGCCAACGAGGUGUACUUCUUACGUGUGAGAGCCGUCAAUGACAGUGGCCCUGGGGAAGCUGCAGAGCUUGAAACUUUCCUUGAGGCUCCUCCUCCUGUUGUUCCUCCCAGAUUCCUAAUAAAUGACAGAGUGAAAAGCUUCCUGGUUAUAAAAGCAGGCAAUACCAUCCGAGUGCCAAUGCGUUUUGAAGCGUCUCCAGAUCCGGUAGUGACCUGGUUAAAGGAUGGGCAUCCUCUGCCAAAAAGGGCCAGCAUAAACACCGAGCGUGGUGCCACCCAACUGCUGAUUGAGGCAGCUGAGUUCUCUGACACUGGCACCUACACUGUUGAGCUCCAGAAUGGGUCAGGGAAUAAAGAAUCAUUCAGUUUCCAAGUUCAAGUUACAGAUAUUCCGAAGUCCCCUGGACCUGUUGUGUUAGAGGAGAACGUGCAAAAAACAGUGACAGUGACGUGGGAGCCAUCAGCAUCUGAGAAAUGGGAAAGUGAUCUCUACUACACGGUCCUGAAACGUGAAUCAGAGAAGGGCUUGUGGCACACAGUUGGUGACAUGAUCUACAACAACAAGUUCACAUACACAAAACUUGUCCCAGGCCAUGACUACUACUUUAGGGUUGUGGCAAAAAAUUGCUUGGGAACCAGUAGCCCAUCUGAUACUGCGCGGCCUUGGAGAGUUCGAAAACAAAAAGCUGAUUUCCAUGUCAAACAACGGGAAUACAGAGGAGUUAAUCAAAACCAACCCCCAAGAUUCCUUGUCCAGUUGAAGCCUUGCGUGGUGAUCGCUGGGACAGAGUGCCAAAUGAACUGUGCAGUUACAGGCCAUCCACAACCGAAGAUCACAUGGUAUAAGGAUGGCAGGGACCUCUCCAAGGAUCCUACCUAUUUGUGCAAAAAUGUCUUUGGUGUCUGCUCCCUGAUGAUCUUAGGAGUUGUAAAAAAUGAUGAAGGAGAAUAUAUGGUAGAGGCCAGCAAUGACUUGGGCCGUGCAUUCAGCAAAGCUUCCCUCACCAUUAAAGGUAACAAUCUUUAA